CUGUCUCCCCGACAGACCUGGUCUUCACCUGAGGACGGCUGCUUGCUUUGUGGCCGAAACGUCGUGAGAAUUAUUUUAUGUUUUAUUUUUAUUAUUUUAUUAUUUCCCUUCUACGUGACUUUACCGAAAGAACCAAGAAGAUGAAUCCCUGCAGUCACGAAAACUUUAAAUGGAAACAGGUCAACCUGCUUUAGCUUUUGAGGCGUAAUGAUACUAAUAAUGAUUUGAAGCUUUCGUGACUGCAGGAAUCCAUCCGCGUGCGGUUUGUCCGCUUUAAAAGCAUCUAAUCUCAAUGUAAAUUUGUCUGGAGAACUCCCCCUAGAAUUCAAUGACUGAGGAUACAUUUUGAAAGUGGAGUACAUGCCAACGAGAUCACGAUCACGAGAAUGGAAACUGUAAACGGGUUACAUUUGACCCGAUCAUUCGGAUAAAUUGGCUCAUCUGCCCUGGCGCUGAUUACCCAUUUAUGAUGGCAAGGGCAACUCAUCAUACAACGGAGGAGCAUGUGUCAUUGUCGAGGGGGGGGUGUGUGGAGAGCAAUUGAAUCUCAUUCGUGCGUUGUCAAGCCACAUGCUAUCACAGUAUUACCCUCCGAUUGACACGGUUGGCUACGUACGGUGCGAAAGAUGUUCAGCAAACAUUGCAUACAUAUACAUUGCAUGACCAUGCAAUGUAAAAUCAACUGAAAAAAGAAAAAUUUGAAAUCGCCUGCCCUCACUAAUUUGUAAUUGCCUCCCAUUAAACAGCAACGAAUUGUAUAAAUUCGACAUCGACCGCCAUUAAAAUUCUGACAAUGACAUUACAACCCCAGCCAACACCACCGUUAAAAUCACCAGUACCUGCUAAAAUAUUUACAACCACUCUUACUUAUACGAAACAUACAAUUGCAUUUCUGCGCCGCCACUGAUUUUCUGCAUAUUUUUUUUAUUUCACGCGGCUUUGUAUCUGCUGACAUUUUUUGUUGUCGAAAUCUGCCGCGUGCCAGCCUGACCCCUGCCAGAGGUCGCAACCGGGUACCCGAUACCCGUACCCUACCCGAUACCCGGCUACCCGUACCCGACCGGGUACGGGUAGCCGGGUAUCCGUUUGCGACCCUGGUGCGGCCGGGUACGGGUAGGCCGUGAGUCACUGGUGAGUAACCGUUUGUCACUCAUUUCCCAACGUCUUCUCUCUUCUCACAAUUCAAGUUCCUAGAAUCAACCCACCCGCGCCUGCAACAUGGCUUCAUCCCAGAGGUCGCAAUCGGGUACCAGAUACCCGUACCCUACCCGUACCAGGGCGGGUACGGGUAGGGUACGGGUGCGGCCGGGUACGGGUACGGGUAAGGAAUCAAAACCCGUUUGUGACCUCUGACCCCGGCGCAGUUCUCCAACCGCCAUGUACGAGGCGGCGCUGCUUGACGGCGGCACAGAGCCGCUGACGCACGAGUCCUGCGAGAGGGUCGUCGUCAACGUGUCGGGGCUGCGAUUCGAGACGCAGCUCAAGACACUCGGCCGGUUCCCGGACACCCUCCUGGGCGACCCCGGCAAGAGGUGGCGCCACCACGACCCCCUGCGCAACGAGUACUUCUUCGACAGGAACCGGCCGAGUUUCGACGCCAUCCUCCACUACUACCAGUCCGGCGGGCGGCUGAGACGCCCGGUCGACGUCUCCCUCGAAGUGUUCGGCGAGGAGAUCGAGUUCUACGAGCUCGGCAACGAGGCCGUGGUCAAGUUCUGGGAAGACGAGGGCUUCAUCGGAGAGGAGGAGGUGGAGGAGAAGGAGCCACUGCCAUCGGACGAGUUCCAGCGGCGGGUGUGGCUGCUGUUCGAAUACCCCGAGAGCUCCAUCGCGGCCAGGGGAAUUGCCACCGUGUCUGUGCUGGUCAUCCUCAUCUCCAUCAUCAUGUUCUGCCUCGAGACUCUGCCUGAACUCAGGGACGAGAAUAAGCAGAAAUUUCUCCCGGCAAAGGACAUCAACGGCACGCAGGUCGACGGUACACAUCGCGGCUUUGUCGCUGAUCCAUUUUUUAUCGUGGAAACCAUGUGCAUCGUUUGGUUUUCCUUUGAACUGCUGGUGAGGUUUUUUGCGUGCCCCAACAAACUGGGAUUUUUCAAAAGCAUCAUGAACAUCAUUGACAUCGUGGCCAUUCUGCCCUACUUCAUCACCCUCGGCAUCGAGAUGGCCAAGCCCCAAGGGCGUGACCAGCAGGCCACGUCACUGGCGAUUUUGCGGAUGACCCGGCUGGUGCGAGUGUUCCGGAUACUCAAGCUGUCCAGGCACUCCAGGGGCUUGAAGAUCCUGGGCCAGACUUUGAAGGCGAGCGCGAGCGAGCUGGGCCUGCUCGUAUUUUUCCUCGUCAUCGGCGUCGUCCUCUUCUCCAGCGCCGUCUACUUUGCCGAGGCCGACCAACUAAACUCGGAGUUCCGAAGCAUCCCCGACACCUUCUGGUGGGCCAUCGUAACCAUGACGACGGUGGGUUACGGCGACAUGUGUCCCGUGACGGCGUGGGGCAAGGCGGUGGGCUCGCUGUGCGCCAUCGCCGGCAUGCUCACCAUCGCCCUCCCCGUGCCCGUCGUCGUCUCCAACUUCAACUACUUUUACCGCCGCGAGACGGGCGGUGAGGAGCGCGCGAGCCGCCUGCGUCUCUCAAGCCGCUCGCAGCAGCAGCAGGAGGAGCAGCAGAAGCAGCAGAAGCAGCAGCAGGAGAGAAGAAAUAGCGGAUGCCGUCCACAAGCAGCUUCACAUACGUGGAGAUGCGCGACGAUCUGAGCGGCGACGUUGACUUCGAGGUGAAGAUGCACCUCAAGCGCGACAAACACAACGGCAUCGACAGAGACGUCCGAUGCUCCGCCUUGCAAGUCGUCACGAAAUGCCUCGAGGUAUUUGUUCGCGAUGAAUGUGCACUGACAUCGCUUACCUGUCGCUACGCUUGAAUGGUCGAAUGGACAUUUGAGUCGCGUGGUCAAUAAAUGUUUUCAAGUCAA